CUUUAGCAACACUCGUUUUCUUACAUUGGGUAUUUAUAUAUACUCAUCCCAGUUCAAGCUUUUCUAAACCAUGGACAGGGUUAUUAGAACCUGAAACAAAUGGCGAAGUAUUAAUACCUCCACAGCACGCAAAGCAAAUUGGAAAAGCAAAAGCUUGUUUCGUUAUAUUGAUAAGAAACCAUGAUUUACAUGAGUUUAGAUGGACAAUGAGACAACUUGAAGAUAGAUUCAAUAAAAAAUACAAUUAUCCUUAUGUAUUUUUAAAUGAAGCUCCAUUUACUGAAGAAUUUAAAAAAUUAUCUAGUGCGCUUACCAAGGCGAAAACUGAGUAUGAUAUUAAUAUGGAUACUGUUAAUAAAAAUAUGGCAAAAAUGAAAGAAGAUAAUGUGAUAUACGGUGAUAGUUUAUCUUACCGUCAUAUGUGCAGACAUGAACUAUUAGAUAAAUAUGAUUUUUAUUGGCGAGUAGAACCGGGAGUGCAAUUUUUUUGUGAUAUCGAUUUUGAUCCUUUCAUGUAUUUAAAAGAAAAUGAUAUUAAAUACAGUUUUACUAUAUCAUUGUAUGAAUAUGAAAAAACAAUUCCAACAUUAUGGGAUUCUGUUAAGGAAUUUAUGAAAAAAUAUCCUCAAUAUAUUGAAAAAGAUAAUUCAAUAGAUUUUAUAUCAGAUGAUAAUGGGGACACUUAUAAUUUAUGUCACUUUUGGUCAAACUUUGAACUCGCAGAUUUGAAUUUUUUGAGAAGUGAAGCAUAUAUGAAAUAUUUCGAUUUUCUUGAUAAAAAAGGUGGAUUUUUCUAUGAACGAUGGGGAGAUGCGCCAGUUCACUCGAUCGCUGCAGCAUUAUUAUUGAAAAGACAUCAAAUUCAUUUUUUUAACGAAAUCGGUUAUAAACAUGAUCCAUUUAUGCAUUGUCCGAUUGAGGAAUCACUACAAAUGAAAUGUCAUUGUGAUCCAAACGAGAGUUUUGUUGUACCGGAAAGUUUGUAUUGA